AAGAUCGUCGACGCUUUUAUUCAGCGUUAGUCCUGUCUGUUUAUCAAAUUUCCAUUUUGGAUUUAGAACAGUUAAUAAAUUAUGUUCUAGUUCCUAUUCAGAAAAUCGAAAUACGUUUUUUUUUUUAGUAGGGUGUGAAAAAAUGUUUUAUCUCAGAUAGAGUUUCGACGUCGUACAGGUUGCUACGUUUCAGUGUGACACUAACUUCCGUGUCGGUUUGCAGGUUAUAGUCUUUUGGCCGUGCUUUAAAUUGAAUUUGUCUUAAGUUUCCUUGUUAAACACGCGAUUAUUUCUAUCUGUAUGAGCCAAUGUAACUUUUUUUUGUAGAACAAGACAGGUAGAUAACGAGAUGUUUUGCGUUAUCCUUUUUGUGGUUCUUGCCAUUUCCUUUUCUCGGAGAGGAAAAUUUCUGAAACCGGUUUCAUGUAUUGAACUACAGAUAAUAAAAAAUUCUUAAACAUUCCGCUGUUGAGAUCUUCACUUUGCUGACAAUACAUGUUGCACUUCCCUUUGCGAAUAAUUGUAUUCGAUUGCUGGCAUUUAUGGCGGCAUUUCUGAGCUUGAAUGAUGUAAAUCCCCAGGCCCUAGACGAAAGACAGUGUUGUUACCAGCGGAGAGGAAUCAAGAUGUGACAAAACAGGAUUUUCAAAUUGUUUAAAUGUACAGUUACGCAGAUAGAUAAAGCUACUAGUUAUGUUACCUUCCAUGACAAUCGUGCAUAUACGACAUGAGUAACCGGUUUGAUAUGAUUCGAAGACGCCAUACAUAUGCAAAGGAUUCAGUUGGUUCCAUUUAACAACGACUAAAAAUUUUGCUGUGGGAAGAAUAAGUCACUUUUGAAAAUGCGUCUGAAGAACAAGAUCUACUCAUUGUUUCUUCAUUCCAUUUGCGUCGACAUUGGACAGCGCUCAUCGAAUGUAUUGACAAUAAGUUCUCGUUUUUCUCGUGUAACAGUAAGAUUGUUCCUACUUCUGUCGUGCGCUUUUAUUUAUUUUGUUUGCUUCAUUCGGACAGGGACAUUUUCCAAACAGGAUGUCGAAUUACUUCUAAAAGCAAAAUUUAACAGAAAGCAGUGUUGCCUCUCUCCUGGUGAGUUAGAAGACAUUUGCGGUCGAAAAAAUUGUACUUUGCCAGCAUGUACAGAUCCGGAGCCUUCGAUCCCUGAACUUGAAAUCGAUCCAGUGAAUUCUCAUUUCAGUCGUGACGAAAAAGACAGUGCCUUUUUUAUUGAGACGUCCGGCAGCGGUAGCUUGAGUUUUCGUCAGUCUUGUGCGGUGGAGUCACUUGCCUUUCACAACCCGAAUUUGACAGUUUACGUGCUUUUCGUGAACGUGAAAAUCAACAGCAGCGUCAUCACCUUACAGAAACUGAGAGAGAAAUACGGAAACAUUCGACUCAUCAGCAUCAACUUGGAUGACUAUAUGGCCGGAACAGCCCUAGAGUAUUGGUAUCACUGCAUUCAUUGGAAGAAAGGGCCGUAUCACGUCAACAAUUUGAGUAACGGACUUCGUUUACUGACCCUGGCCAAAUACGGCGGAUAUUAUUUCGAUCUCGACUUUGUUUUCGUUCGUUCCCUUAUUAAGUACUACCGCAAUUUUGUUGCCGCCCAAGAUAACUACGAUGUCAAUAACGGUGUUAUCCAUGCGGAGUUGAAAAGUCCGAUCAUCGAGUUGGCCACGACAAACUUUGUCGACAAUUUCAGCCCAUGGGUAUGGGGACACAACGGACCAGCUUUGAUUUAUCGUGUCUUGAAAAACUGGUGCAACGUUGACAACGUAAAGUCGAUGGACUCUGCUAGCUGCCGGGGAUUCAACAUUCUACCGAGAGAAUCAUUCUUUCCUGUUCAUUACACUGACGUGAAGGAAUUGUUCAUCCAGCGGAUGGAAAAUGAAACGGAAGCGAUGCUUGAUUGGCUGACGGAUAAAGUGGUCGGAGUUCAUACUUGGAACAAAAUCAGCAAAAGCCAGCCAAUUUACAAAAGUUCACGACAGGACUACGCUCGACUCGUUCGAGACAACUGCCCUGUUGUAUUUUCCAUCGCACCGGAAAUAUUUUGAUGCGCAGUGUCAAAAAAGUACUUUUUGUCUUUCUAUUCGGUUGUAUAUUGAUAUUUCGAACAAAACACGCUUAAUAAUUUUUAACAUUAUUCGCGCGUUAGUUGCAAAAUUUUCUCGUGGGAUUCAUUUCGUAGUUACAUGAUCGUCAUUGUCUGUUUUCUUACCAUAUGCCACAUUUAUUUUCUUUGUCUUUUACAUUCGCACAUAAUCCAAGAGGUCAGCAAUCUCUUCGUUCGAUAAAAUUAAAUUUUAAUGGUGCGUCUGGACGAUUAAUUAGUUGAGAUCUAACAUCUAAUUCCGCUCCAUUCCACUCGAUACUAAACCGCUUAACUAACUGUAAUUUUGAUUGAAACAACAGUGAAUUGAAUAUUAUUGUCACAAUUUUAAUAUUUUGUCCUCUUACCCGUGCCAGAAGGAUAUACAAAUUUUGUUCUGCUA